AUGCAAAUAAAAACUCUAGACCUUGAGCAUACUUGUGGUCAUGUUGAUGCAAAUAGUAAAGUGUCAUCUGAGUGGUUGGCAGAGAAGUAUAUAAAUUACUUCAGAGAUGACCAAGGUGAAAGGCUAAAAAAAUUCAUACAUAAGGUGUUCACUGACACAGGGGUGACAAUUGGGUACCAUAGAGCUUGGUUUGCAAGGGUUAGGGCUAAGCUAAGCAUAUAUGGUGAUGCAUCUGAUCAGUACAAAAGGGUGUAUGAUUAUGCUAGUGCAAUCCUGAAAUACAACCCAGGAUCAUCAGCCCUUGUAUCAGUGACUGGAGCACAAAAUCCACCUCCAACAUUUCAGAGAAUGUAUGUGUGCAUGGAGGCUUGUAAGGUAGGAUUUACAGAGGGUUGCAGACCUCUUAUUGGUAUUGAUGGAUGUCAUCUCAAGGGAGCAUACCCUGGCAUGAUAUUGGCAGCAGUGGCUAAGGAUGGCAAUAACAACAUAUUCCCAGUGGCAUGGGCUGUUGUUGAGGUUGAAGAUAAGCAAAGUUGGAGAUGGUUCUUGGAGCUUUUGAUUAAUGACAUAGGAUUCCACAAUGGAGAGGGCUUGACUGUUAUGUCUGACAGACAAAAGGGAUUAAUUGAUGCUGUUGAAACAGUUUGCCCAAAAGCUGAGGUCAGAUUUUGUGUAAGACACAUUUGGGCAAACUUCAAGCUUCAAUUUUUGGUACAGCAUUCAAAGAGUCAUUUUGGAGAGCAGCUAGGACAAGUUCAAGGGUUAGUCUUUAUGUGUUAA